AACAAAGAAACGCUGUUUAGUUAUUAGAAGGUGAAAAGCGAGAAGAGGGUUGGGGUUUAGGGUUUUUGUUAGAAUAAGAGAAUGAAGAAAGCAAAAAUUAGCAAGCGCAAGACACCUCAUCAACCCACCAAUGUUUCUUCUUCAAAGCGCCCAAAAACGUUAUCUUUCCUUGAAAAGAUGCGAGCAAGGUUAUCAGGCGGCCAUUUCAGGAUGCUUAAUGAAAAGCUCUAUACUUGCACUGGUGAAGAGGCACUUAACUAUUUCGAGCAAGACCCGUCCCUCUUUAAUAUGUAUCAUGCAGGAUAUCAAGAACAGAUGUCAAAUUGGCCUGAGCAGCCAGUAAACAUUAUCAUUAGUUGGCUUAAAGAUCGCAGUUCUUCGUUAGUUGUCGCUGACUUUGGAUGUGGAGAUGCUCGCCUUGCAAAAAAUGUGAAGAAUAAAGUUCACUCAUUUGAUCUUGUAUCCACUGAUCCUUCAGUAAUUGCUUGUGACAUGUCAAAUACACCUCUCGAGGCUUCAUCUAUAGAUGUUGCUGUCUUUUGCCUUUCAUUGAUGGGAACAAACUUUCCAAGUUACCUUCAGGAAGCGCACAGUGUACUCAAGCCAAGUGGUUGGCUAUUGAUAGCAGAAGUGAAGAGCAGAUUUGAUCCAAUCAAUGGAGGAGCAGACCCAAAUAAGUUCUCAAAAGCCGUGACUGAUCUUGGAUUUACCUUGAAGCUCAAGGAUUUUUCGAAUAAAAUGUUUAUAUUGUUCUACUUCCAGAAGAAGGAGAACCAAGAUUCAAAGAAGAAAGAGAUUGCAUGGCCUGAGUUGAAACCUUGUCUGUACAAACGCCGGUGAUACUACCCGAAAAAUGGUAUUGUUCUUAUGUUACAGGAGACAGUUCAGAUGUUAUUUGUAACGAAUACUAUUAUACCAUUCAUAUAGAUCAGUUUCAACAUGAUUGGAUAAAUGAUUUUUAAAUUAUCAGUACGAUGCAAAUUCUGAAUA